GGGCUGGUUAGGAGCAGCCAUGGGAAAGUUCUCCCCACUUUUUCCGAUUACUCGGGAUCUUUUUAAGGAAAGCAGGCCGGCAGAGCGGCAGUACGUCUGCAGCCGGGACGAGGAGCGAACCGGGAGGAGGAAUAAGCCACUUCAAGACUGAGAAAGGGAGCAGAGGAUGCCCAGAGCUGACUGGUCCUUCCUGGAGAGUCUGCUGGAGGAAGGCCAAGAGUACUCGACAGCGAUUGGCCGCGUCUGGCUCACCAUACUGUUCCUGCUUCGCAUGCUGGUGCUGGGAACGGCGGCGGAGUCGGCGUGGGAUGACGAACAAGAAGACUUUGUGUGCAACACCAAGCAGCCGGGAUGCACCUCUGUAUGCUACGAUAAAGCCUUCCCCAUAUCCCACUUCCGCUACUUCGUCCUCCAGGUCAUCCUCGUCUCCACUCCCACCAUCUUCUACUUUGCAUAUGUGGCUAUAAAAGUGAGGAAAAAUGACAAAAACGAGGAAAAUCAAGCAGACGAAGGCCGUAGUGGGAGAAGGACGACUAAAGCUGCGAUCGAGUGCAACGAUAGCAGCGUGUCUGGAAAAGAUAAGAAAGAGAGGGAUGGUGGGAAAUGUCAGAAGCCGAAAGCUUCUCCGGAGGCUCCUAAACUGAAAGGCAGACUUCUGGGAGCUUACGCGUUCAGCAUCCUGCUCAAAAUCCUCCUGGAGGCGGGGUUUAUCAUUGGGCUUUGGUUUCUGUACGACGGCUUUUUCAUCGCGCCGAAGUUCGUGUGCACACGCUCGCCGUGUCCCCACACAGUGGACUGUUUCGUCUCUCGCCCCACAGAGAAGACCAUCUUUACCUUCUACACCCAGCUGAUCGCCGCCGUGUCCCUGCUCCUCAACCUCAUCGAGCUCUUCCACCUGCUGGUGCUGGCCGUUUCGCAUCGCCUGGAGAAACGUGCCCAACGCCACGACUGCCUACCUCCAUUUGAGCAGGUACCGUCCAGACUGAGGACUCCCGGACUCCAAGGAGCGGCGUCGCAGGCCAACAGCACAGGAAGUCACAUCAGCCUCCCCAUGCAGGGGGAGGAUGAGGUACAGAGUGACCCCUGUGGGAGUUACACCGACAUGACGGUGGAGAUGAACUGGGAGCCGGUAGAGGCCGGAAGCGACCUGCUGCCUAGCUAUGCUAACUGCAUGAAGCCUGUUAAGAAAGCCCGUCAGCCCAGAGGUCAUUAUAAGAAACAUUCCCCUCGAAAUGGGAAAACCCAAAAAAGUGGACCGUCAGAACAAAAACAUUACGUCUGAGAAAAUGUGUCGUCUUAAAUGUUUAACCUUUGCACUGUGAACUGAAGGCCUCAAAGGCGUUUAUGGAAGAAGCUAAAGGAAAAUAAGCAUUCUCAAAAACAAGCAAACAUGUUGGAGCAAAAUGUUCCUUUUUUUUAUUUAAUAUAACACUCAGGGGAGAUAUCCACUGUUUAAGUGUUUCUGUGACAUGAUCCAAGAGUUUUUAGAGUUUUUUGAACCCUCCCUUCCUUCCCGAUGGCUCUGUCCUCACCAGGGAAUGUGCUGCUCUCCAGCUCCCGGGAGGAUAAUUGCUGCGUGGAUGCAAGCACGCAUGCAUGCACACACACAAUAUCUGUCUUCUCCUUUACAGCCAGCAAGUUCAGGUCAGUCAAUCUGAAAAUGUGGACUUGUGGGGAAAAAAAACCCCAAAGUGUGGGAUCUGUGACCUCAGUAUUUCAGCUAUGAAGAGACGCUCACUGAACAACACAAGGGAAACUUCCAGAGUUGAAACCAAAAUCCUUCUGAAAAAUCAUUGAUCGUAUGUGAGAACUGGACCUAGUGACCCCUCCCCCAUGGUGUUCCAAACAGGAAGUACCUGCUGGCUCCAAAAACCCCAAAUUAGACUUUUAUAUAGGAACAAACAGCUAAUACUACGACACAUUCGUCGUCUCAUUUUGACGUUCGGUUAAGGAACCUCCACGUCAAAUAUUGACAUUUCAGAUGUCCACAACUGGUCGAUUUUUGAAUCAAGGUUCCUCAACCUCCGGCUGCAAACCGGUACCGGUCAGGGGCCCGGACGUGAACCACACCAGUAUUAUAACCCUAAUCUUAACCCAGUACUGAAUGCAGAUUGGUGCUUGAUACGGAUCGGUACUGGUACCGGACACGGAUCAGUUCCAGAUGCGGAUCAGUACUGGUAUUGGACGCAGAUUGGUACUGGAUGUAGAUUGGUACCGAAUGUGGAUCUGUACCAGACGUAGUAUCGGACACGCACUAGUACUGGACGGGGAUAGGUAUUGGUAACAAACACAAAUCAGUACAGGAUGCGGAUCGGUAUUGGUAUCGGACGUGGAUUGGUACUGGACGCAGAUCAGUUCUGGUACCGGAUACGGAUCAGUUCUAGAUGGGGUAUCAGUUCUGGACGUGGUACCAGAUGCAGACCAGGCCAGGGUUAGGGUACUGGUACCAGUGUCAGUUCAUGUUCGGCUCCGGUCGAGGACCUCCAGGUCUGGCGAUUGAUGUCUCCAGCUAGGUCCUCUUGAAAGUGGUCCUCAUAAAAAAGUUGACCCAUACCAACUCAAACCAAUCACUGCUGAUUGUCUCCAUCAUGGCAGCAUCCGUAUUCUCAAAAAAUGCCGACUGAAUGGACUUUUCUGGAACCGAAGAUGGAUGACAUCACACUCGCUCGGUCCAGUUCUCAUAAACAGUCAAUAAGAUAAACAGAGAACUUGUUGCUACAAUUGAUUCCAGACUGAGUGGACUAAAAGUGGUACAGAAACUGCUUUUGUUUGGUAUUAAAAAGAACUUUUGGUAUUUAUUAAGAAAAUAAAGUUUAUAUGAUUUUAAAUAAAGGUGAUUCUAUCAGAUCAUCGUAUAACAUG